CAGAAACCUCCCACAACUGUCCGGAUAUUCGACCGCAAUGACUACUACAGCGUUCACGGCGCGGACGCCGUUACAGCUUCGAGAGAGGUGUUCUCUUCCAUUGCCAACAUCAAGCAGAUGGGCAUCGACCCUAACAGACUGGAUUACCUCGUACUUUCGAAAGGGAACUUCGAGAUUCUCAUACGAAAACUACUGUUGGUAAGAAGGUACAGGGUUGAGAUAUACGUAUCAGAAGGAUCUAAGAAUUCAGAUUGGGCCCUAAAGUAUAAAGGAUCGCCAGGUUUUCUGUCGCAACUGGAAGAAAUACUGGGCGAUGGUCUGGGAGCGUCGAACGACAAUACUCCGUGUCUGAUGGCUGUAAAUAUCAAAACCGAUGCUGUUAGUAAGACUCGUCUACUAGGAGUGGCGUGUUUAACAUUAGGCAGCUACCAAAUGUCGGUAUCGGAGUUUACCGACGACGAUUUGCUGACCGAGCUCGAAACUAUCACCGUGCAACUCGCGCCCUCCGAGUGUUUAGUUGUACAGACUGAUACUGAUGACCACAAGGCAUUGAACAAAGUGAUGGAGAGGACCAACGUCACAGUGACCAAGUUGAAGAAGAGUGAGUUCUCCACUGACGGUCUGACACAAGACUUGAACAGGCUGCUCCAGUUUAAAAAAGGCCAGCAGGAAGAUGCCAAUGCGUUUGUGGAGACGAGGAAAGAGCUUGCCAUGACAAGUCUAGCGGCUGCCAUCCGGUAUACCUCGCUGCUCUCAGAUGCUACUAAUUUUGGAAGGUUUCACAUAUCCUCCAUACAAACGGACUGCUUCCUACACAUGGACGCUGCAGUCCUCUCCGCUCUAAACGUGUUCCCUGAGCUAGGUGACACUAACAAUGCGCCCUCCAGAAGUCUGUAUGGACUGCUGGACAGAUGCAGGACUCAGCAGGGCAAGAGACUCCUCGCCCAAUGGCUCCGUCAGCCGCUCCGCGACAUAAACCUGAUCAACGAGCGGCAGGACAUUGUGCAGGUGUUCACCACCAACUCGGCGCUGCGGCUGCAGCUGCACGACGAGCUGCGCCGCCAGCCGGACCUGCAGGCGCUGGCCAGGCGACUCACGCGCAAGAAGGCCAACUUGCACGACUGCUACAGGAUAUACCAGGUGCUGACACGUGUAGACAUCGUGCAGGUGUUCACCACCAACUGGGCGCUGCGGCUGCAGCUGCACGACGAGCUGCGCCGCCAGCCGGAUCUGCAGGUGCUGGCCAGGCGACUCACGCGCAAGAGGGCCAACCUGCAUGACUGCUACAGGAUAUACCAGGCAAUCAACAGACUGCCGUCGCUAUUACAAUGUCUGGCGGAGUCCAACAACGCGACAGUACAUUCCGCCAUAGCCGAGCCGAUAUCUGAGUUGAAUGACGAUCUGGAUAAGUUCCAGCAAAUGAUAGAAACUACAGUUGAUAUGGAUGCUAUUGAUAGAGGUGACUUCCUAGUGAAACCAUCAUUCGACGACCAGCUACAAAGCCUUCAUGAAGAACUGGAGAAACUCCAAGCGUCAGCCGAUAAGGAAUUGAACCGCGCCGCUAGGGACUUAGGUCUAGAUGCUGGAAAAACUAUAAAGAUGGAGUCCAAUCCGCAGAUUGGGUUUUAUUUAAGAGUGACUUUGAAAGAAGAGCAAUCCCUUCGUGGUAACAAAAAAUACAAAAUAAUAGACGCAGUGAAAGGUGGAGUGAGGUUCAAGACAGACUCGUUAGAUAGAAUCACGGAAGACCACACGGAAACUAAGAAACUGUACGAAAAGGAACAAGACAAGGUUGUUGCGGAAAUUAUAGGGAUAGCCGCCGGCUACUCGGAAUGUCUUUUCUCUCUAUCGCACGUAAUAUCUCGUCUGGACGUGCUAGUGGCGUUCUCUGUGGCGGCUUGUGCGGCGCCGCAUCCGUACUGCAGACCGAUCAUCACUGAAGAUGCACAGGAAUUGGUCCUAAAGGAACUCCGACAUCCGUGCCUAGAGGUGCAAGACGGGAUCUCGUAUAUACCCAACGACGUUGUUUUUGAAAGAGAUUCGUGUAUAAUGCACGUCGUGACGGGAGCGAACAUGGGCGGCAAGUCGACGUGGAUGCGGUCUUGCGGUGUAGCCGUGCUAAUGGCGUGUGCGGGUGCGCCCGUAGCUGCGGCGAGCGCGCGCGUGCCGGCGCUGCGGGCUGUGUGCGCGCGCGUCGGCGCCAGCGACGCCGAGCAGCGCGGCCACAGCACCUUCAUGAUCGAGAUGAUCGACACCGCCAACAUACUGCGGACCGCAACAUCAGAUUCGCUCGUACUAAUCGACGAACUCGGUAGAGGAACUUCCACCUACGAGGGCUGCGGCAUAGCAUGGGCCAUAGCUGAGAAACUCGCAACGGAGACGAAGUGCUUCUGUCUAUUCGCCACUCACUACCACGAGCUAACCCGGCUCUCCUCAAUCCCGGGGGUUGUCAACUCGCACGCCGAAGCACAAGUGGUCGACGGCAACCUGCUGCUGCUGCACAGAAUACAACCCGGCCCGGCCGCAAAGUCUCUCGGACUACAUGUAGCCAAACUCGCUGAUCUGCCUGAGUCUAUUAUUAAGUAUGCUGAAGCAAAACAGGCGCAACUUGAAACUAAUAUGUUUGAACUAGAAUCGACUAUGAAGAACAACGAAACGGCAGAGGGUCAAAAAAUUAUAGUAGAGUUCCUAAAAAAAUGUAAACUUGCACAAGAAACCCACACGUCCGACGAGGCAAUGAUGAAAGAAAUAAAUAAACUUAAA